AUGUACCUGCGGACCGCAUCUUGGGCAUCUACGUCGAAUCCAAUCCCGUAUAGUGAGAUAAAGGAAGCAACAUUAGAAGAUAUCGAAGAUGCUGCUGAAGCACUGCAAGAUGAAGAAACGGAAGCGUGGACCGAAUAUGAUGCAGAUGAUAUCGAGGAGGACGAGGACGUCGAAACGGAAUCGGAAGAAGAAUUGGAAGAAGCUAUGGAAGAGAAAAGCACAGACGUCGAGGCGGAAUCAGAAAUGAUCGACGAGACUGAUAUAAUGACUAAGUUUAUGAUGGAAUUCGAAGCAAUUAGAACGAAGGACUCAGCGAUCAAGGCUGAAGACAAGAAAACACUUUUGCGGCAUCUGAUCCGUGUUGAACGGAAGAAAGACGACGACGUGUCUGAGGAGACGCCGAUCACGCCGGAAGAUGAAGACGUCGUGAGUGACCGAGUGUCCACCGAGAGCUCGAUUCAUCCGUGUUUGCGCGAGAUAGACAUCAGCGAUUCCCAGCUGGAAAUGGUGAAUCCGUACACGGUGUAUCAGGUGCCAAACGAUCCCGGAUUACUGCCAGCUUUCUGGCUGCUACGCGAGGGUCCGCAAAGUUACAGUCCGGAUGGCGUGCAGAAAUUCUACGACGCGGCGAGGCGCGUGGGUUUGAGACCGAUCGGCUCGUUGAAGGACAUGCUCAUGACCGAUCACUUGAAUCUGCGGUAUUACGGAUUCGGCUCGCCAGUAAUGAGAGCGAUCUGCGACGCUCUGGCCGACAACACCUUCGUGCGAAAGCUGGACCUGAAGGAUAAUAAACUGUCCUCGAAUGCAUGCGGAUAUUUAAACAAUUUACUGCUGAGAAACAACACGAUAACCGACUUGUCACUGUCGGGUUGCCAAAUUGGCCCGAACGGUGCAAAAAAAUUAUGCGAUGCGGUAUCGGAGAACACGACUCUGAAGACGCUCGAUCUCGGCGGCUGCAACAUCGGCAACGAGGGCCUCGGAUACAUCGCGUCCGCAUUAUCGAACAACGAAGACUUGGAGAGCCUUAAUCUAUCCGACAAUCAUCUGGAUAAGACGUGCUCGGAAAAUCUGCGGGAUCUCCUCUCGCAUGCGAUAGGCUUGACGCAUCUGGACCUCUCCUGGAACUCUCUGUAUAACGCAAAAAUCUGGAAAGCUCUGGUUGACGGAUUUAAGAAAAAUGGGACACUACGUUCUCUGAAUUUAUCCUGGAACGCACUUGAACAGGAAUGUGUGCCGUAUCUUUACAGACUAUUAUCCCGCUCGCAGAACAUCGAGAGGCUGGACUUAAGUUGGAAUAGAUUUACUGAGGACGACGCUGAAAUCAUUGCAAAAGCUCUAUCAAGAAAUAGUACGCUCCAAGAAUUGCGCCUGGGAAACAACCCUUUAAGAGCACAAGGUGCUUCAAAUCUGGUUCACGCUGUCACACCGCAUCAAUCGCCCAAUAGUGCUUUACGUCUCUUAGACUUGGAGAACGUUUGGGCAAGCAAGGACGUUAUUCACAACCUGGAAAUAAUCGAAAAGCACAGGCCGUGGGUCACAAUCAAGUUAGGCGGUAUUCUGAGCAAUUAUCGGCUCGUUGGGCCGAACGUUAGAAGGAUACUUUUGAAAAGAGCGAAUUACGAGGCGAUGCUGCCGAAACGAAAGAGGCGACGACGCAAUUUCGGCCACUUUGUGAUGUCGCUGAAAGACAAGAAAGUAUCACGAACAAAAUUUACGGAGCUGGUGCAGAAGUUCAGGCUGAAGCUCUCGACGUCGCUCGUCAACGAGAUUAUGAAUGCAUUCGAGGGACCGAAUAACACUGUCAAUCGAAAACUGUUAAAAUCCUUUUACUUAGAGGAGUAUCCGGAAGCGGCAGCCACGCUAUUAAAAUUGAAGAAAAAAAAACUCAAGACCGCCAAAUAA